GUCAAAGAAAUAGUCCGCCAGAAACUUACUAGCUACGAUGUGAACUUCGCGUAAUUCGCUAUUUAUAAUAUUUUGAAAUAAAAUAAAUUUUUAAAAAGAUGAACAGUGCUAAAUAUGUUUGUACUUAUGAAAACUGCUCUGCUACAUUUCAUCGUUCUGAGCGUUAUGAAACCCACUUGCGAAAGCAUACUGGAGAGCGACCAUUUAUAUGUGAUUUUGAGGGUUGUGAUAAAACAUAUGCAAGAUCAUCCCAUCUUAAACGACACCAAGAAACUCAUGAUAAAAUGUUCAGAUGUACUUUACCUGGUUGUAGUCUUAUUUUAAAAACGAAAGCCACAUUAAUGAAACACCAAGAUGUCUUCCACCCCAAAAAAGAAGCUCGGAAAUUCAAAUGUUCUGAAUGCAGUGAAGAGUUUGUUAAGCGUUCCAUGCUUGUAAGGCACAAAUAUACACACUCUGGAGUUAAAGAAUUUAAGUGCUCUGAGCCUGGUUGCAAUAAAAGUUUUUCAAUGCCUAGCCGGUUGAAGAGUCACGUAAAAAGUCAUGUUGGUGAGUAAUUACAGUCUCAAUAAUGAGUCACAAAUACUUAUAUA